GAGCGGAGUGGGCGGAGAUGAAAAAAGGGGUCUCGUUACAGCCCACUUUAAAACCCUCCGCCACUUUGUGAUCGGAUAGUCUGACUGGAGAGGAUUAGACCAGGACGGAUCGUUUCAUCACCAGCUCUUCGCUUAUUGUCCACUGAGAGAGGCACGCGGGCAGCGGAGGAGAGACAGAGAGAGAGAGAGAGAGAGAGAGAGAGAGAGAGAGAGAGCAGCGCGCGAGGAUCUUUCUCAGCUCUUUCGUUCUAACGGAUCGUUCGGCUUGGGAUCUCGGAGGAGCUGGGAAUCAUCGAGGGAAUCUCUGCUGAAAUCCGCGUGCAGCUUCUGGAAUAAAUCCCCAUCGUUUGAGUCAUGGAUCCGGCCGAGAUGAACGCGCUCCCGAACGGGAAAGGGCACGAGGGAGGAGCCGAGACGUCAGCCACGCCCACCUCCACCAAAAGUCAAUCGGACGACACGGCUCAGGAACUCGUACCUAAUAGUACAGAAAAUUCCAGUCCCAGCAGAGCUACGAGAGACCCCGAAGCCACCCUGGCCGAGAGCUCGGAGUUCCUCUCCAAUGGCGACGACAAGAAACCGCCACGAUUCACAGACUUUGAAGGAAAGACUUCAUUCGGGAUGUCCGUCUUCAACCUGGGAAACGCCAUCAUGGGCAGUGGAAUUCUGGGAUUGGCCUACGCCAUGGCCAACACCGGCAUCGUCAUGUUUCUGUUCCUCCUGACGGCCGUGGCGUGUCUCUCAGCCUACUCCAUCCACCUACUGCUCAAAGCCUCGGGCGUCGUCGGUAUCCGUGCGUACGAGCAGCUGGGUUUUCGAGCGUUCGGGACACCAGGCAAAAUGGCCGCCGGCAUCGCAAUCACACUGCAGAAUAUCGGAGCCAUGUCCAGCUAUUUGUAUAUAGUGAAGUAUGAAUUUCCUCUGGUGAUUCAGGCCUUCCUCAAGGCGGGCACACCAUCUGGGGAAUGGUAUCUGAAUGGUAAUUACCUGGUGGUGAUCGUCUCAGUCUGUAUUAUUCUACCCCUGGCUCUGAUGAAGCAGUUGGGCUACCUGGGCUACACCAGUGGGUUUUCUCUCAGCUGCAUGGUCUUCUUCCUUAUCUCAGUGAUUUAUAAGAAGUUCCAGGUGCCGUGUCCCUUCUCCCUGACCAAUCAGACGGGGAUCAACAGCAGCAGCGGUGUGGUGGUGGAGCACAGCCGGGUCCCUAUGACUCCUGAGGACAUCCUGUCCUGCACACCUCGCAUGUUCAACCUCAACAUACAGACAGCCUACACCAUUCCCAUCCUGGCUUUUGCGUUCGUCUGCCACCCGGAGGUGCUGCCCAUUUACACCGAGCUGCGCAACCCCACUAAGAAGAAGAUGCAGCACGUGUCUAACAUCUCCAUCACUGUCAUGUACGUCAUGUAUUUCUUGGCUGCGCUGUUCGGAUAUCUGACCUUCUACGAUAAGGUGGAGGCUGAGCUGUUGCACACCUACAGCAAGAUUGACCCGUACGACACGCUGAUCCUGUGUGUGCGUGUGGCUGUACUGACCGCUGUGACACUGACCGUACCCAUCGUACUGUUCCCCGUGAGGCGAGCGAUCCAGCAGCUCUUCUUCCCCAACAAGACGUUCUGGUGGCCGAGACACAUCGCCAUCGCCAUCCUCCUCCUCACCACCAUCAACCUGCUCGUCAUCUUCGCCCCCAACAUCCUCGGCAUCUUCGGGGUCAUCGGUGCUACAUCUGCCCCGUGUCUCAUUUUCAUCUUCCCGGCCGUGUUCUACAUCCGCAUUGUACCCAAAGAGGACGAGCCCAUGCGCUCAGCACCUAAAAUCCUGGCCACCUGUUUUGCAGGUCUGGGUGUCCUGUUCAUGAUAAUGAGUCUGAGCUUCAUCAUCAUUGAUUGGACAACAGGGAGCAGCAAAUCUAACAGUGGCCAUUAGGUCACGCCCACUUUUAAUCUGUUUUUUUUUUUAAACACUUAUUCUGUGUGUGUGUGUGUGUGGUGUAAUCCUCUGCCAGGGCCUGUAGUAUGUGUGUGUGUGUGUGUGUGUGUGUGUGGUGUAAUCCUCUGCCAGGGCCUGUAGUAUGUGUGUGUGUGUGUGUGUGUGUGUGGUGUAAUCCUCUGCCAGGGCCUGUAGUAUGUGUGUGUGUGUGUGUGUGUGUGUGUGUGUGGUGUAAUCCUCUGCCAGGGCCUGUAGUAUGUGUGUGUGUGUGUGUGUGUGUGUGUGGUGUAAUCCUCUGCCAGGGCCUGUAGUAUGUGUGUGUGUGUGUGUGUGUGGUGUAAUCCUCUGCCAGGGCCUGUAGUAUGUGUGUGUGUGUGUGUGUGUGUGUGUGUGUGUGGUGUAAUCCUCUGCCAGGGCCUGUAGUAUGUGUGUGUGUGUGUGUGUGUGUGUGGUGUAAUCCUCUGCCAGGGCCUGUAGUAUGUGUGUGUGUGUGUGUGUGUGUGUGGUGUAAUCCUCUGCCAGGGCCUGUAGUAUGUGUGUGUGUGUGUGUGUGUGUGUGUGGUGUAAUCCUCUGCCAGGGCCUGUAGUAUGUGUGUGUGUGUGUGUGGUGUAAUCCUCUGCCAGGGCCUGUAGUAUGUGUGUGUGUGUGUGUGUGUGUGUGUGGUGUAAUCCUCUGCCAGGGCCUGUAGUAUGUGUGUGUGUGUGUGUGUGUGUGUGUGUGGUGUAAUCCUCUGCCAGGGCCUGUAGUAUGUGUGUGUGUGUGUGUGUGUGUGUGGUGUAAUCCUCUGCCAGGGCCUGUAGUAUGUGUGUGUGUGUGUGUGUGUGCGUGUGUGUGGUGUAAUCCUCUGCCAGGGCCUGUAGUGUGUGUGUGUGUGUGUGUGUGUGUGUGUGUGUGUGUGUGUGUUUCUCAGUGGAACGUUGACACCAGUACAGUAAGAAUCGCUGAUCCAGACUUCUGUGUGUGUGUGUGUGUGUGUGUGUCGGUCAGGCAAAAUAACCCUGGAUGAUGAUGAUGAUGAUGAUGAUGAUGAUGAUGAUGAUGGUGAAGAUUAGUCUUUAGUGAUAGCAGUGAUCUUGACCCACAGAUUACCUGCUGAAUGAUAUUCUGUCUCUCUCAGACUGACCCUUAGCAUAAAUGUAUAUUAAACCUGUCCAGUUUCCUUGAUUAAGGCCUCCGCCCAUUUGACCUUUGACCCCAGACACAGAAAGCCCUGGGGCCACUAAAGCAGGGUAGAUAUUCGGGUUGAUAAGGAUGACCUUUACGGGUUGAGUGCUUGUUUAUGGAUGUAGGUGUCUGUACUAUUUGAGAAAUUUCUCUCACUCUCUCUCUCUCUCUCUCUUUCUUUCUCUCUCUCUCUCGCUCUCUCUCUGUCUUACUCUUUCUCUGUCUCUCUCUCGCUCUCUCCCCUCUCUCUCUCUCUCUCUCUCUGUGAUAUGGCAAUAAUCUUUGUAACAUUUGAGAAACACUGACGAGAGAGAGGUCGUUGCUAUGACAUCUCCAGGGUCACCAACUCUCUCUCUCUCUCUCUCUCUCUCUCUCUCUUUCUCCCUCUUUCUAUAUAUAUUUAUAUAUAUUCCUCUCGGACAGUGGCUGUAGUAGCGAGUCUUGUCGAACACAUGAUCCCUGUGACACAAUAUGCAACAUGUAAAUAUGGUUUUAUUUUUUUUAUAUGGUCAGAUUUCUAUGUGGUUCAUUGUUUCUGUAUCACAGAGUGUCCGGGUCAAAUAUACAGAGCUCUACAGGACAGUGAUGUGUGUGGUAUCUAACUAAGGAGAACAUCAUCCCUGCAGUUCAGGCCAUUAUGAUUAUGAAAAAAAAGCACAUGGAAAACUGAGAAAGAAAGAAAGAAAGAAAAAAAGAAAGAAAGAAAGAAAGAAAAAAGAAAGAAAGAAAGAAAGAAAGAAAGAAAGAUCUGCUGUAGAGCACAAAAUGAACACAGAGGUUUCUUUAUCCUGAGAAUGAAUGUGAAGACGACGAGACGGAGGAGACAGGACAGGACUGUGUGAGAGAGAGAGACAGAGAGAGAGAGCGAGAGAAAGAGGAUGUGUAUACAGUAGGGAAGUGUUUAAGGAUAGAUGAAUGGAGAGAUUUUCGCUCUCUCUCUCUCUGGGUGGAUUGGGCGUGUCGUCUCCUGCUCAGUUUCCUCCGACAUCAGCAGUGUAGCUGCAGAUCAGUGUUAUAGCCACAUCAUGGUUUCUAUAGCAACAGCUGGUUCACAGGGGCUCGUCCAGGCUGAUGAAGGUGUGUAGUUGAUGAUGAAGUGUGGAAGGAGUCUCCAGUGUCAGCGCCUUGUCACAGCCAGAGCUGAAGCUGGAAGGUGAAGUUUUCAGAAUGGAGGAGUUGCUUUAUUAACUUUGAGAGAGAAGUUUAGAAGCUAAACGGGCAAAAAGUAUGAGAUUGUUUUAAAAAAAAAUAAUAAUUAGGAAUAAGGAAAAUAUUCCACUUCAGGGUCAAAACAGUCCUCAGUCCUCUGAAACUCGACUAGCUGAACUGCUCAACACCAAGAGUUUCAUUUCUGACGAAACCAGAAAGCACACAAGAGCACUUCCUCUGGACUUGUGGGCGGGGCAUGUAGAGAUGGGCGUGUUUCUAAUUAGCAUAUUCAUCUGAGCUGAAUGAUGAAAGUGGAAAAGUUUGGUGAGUUUAUUUUCUGCUGUGUCCAUUUCAGCGUGAUGGGUUUUUAGGAAAGGAUUUCAGCAGACAGACUUUAAAAAAUAACUCUCGCGUAAUCCGUAUUUAGUCUUUAACCUGUAUUUAACAGCAGAUGGAGCUGACGGUCUUAACUUCUAACCCCGAUCCAGUCACGGGGGUCAUUCCCGGAGCCAAGCGUCUGGCCAGUGGAAUCCCUGGAGUUGUUUAAUGGAGAGCGUGAUCGCUGGAAAGCGACGGAACACAGUAGCUUUAGCACUUUCUGCUACGAAGCACAAUUUAGUGGCAUUAAAUCAUUAAACCUCCUCUAGAGACCAACUACAUGCUUCAGAAGCUAUGAUUAUAUUUUAUUAGGCAGAGUCUAAUACAGCCUUUCUACUACUAAAUGUUUGUAAGAUUCGUGUGUGUGUGUGUGUGUGUGUGUGUGUUUAACCACUUAGAUAUAUAUACUCUAUAUGCUCUAUAUCUAUAUGUGCCGAAGGUGUAGUGUAACCCUCAUUACUUGUGUGUGUGUAUUUAUGCCUGUGGUACUUCCUCUCUACACUGUAGUUGUGUUAGGAAAAAUCACAGCGAGUGAAAAUAUCUUGAAUAUGGACAAAUUUUUAUAUUAUCUGAUUAUAUAAUUCAAGCACAAGAUUGUUAACUCUACACUAUAUUGCCAAAAGUUUUGGGACACCCCUCCGAAUCACUGAAUUCAGGGGUUGGGCUCGACCCCUUAGUUCCAGUGAAAGGAACUCUUAAUGUUUCAGCUUCAUACCAAGACAUUUUGGACAAUUUCAUGCUCUUUGUGUGAACAGUUUGGGGUUGACCACUUCCUGUUCCAACAUGACUGCACACCAGUGACCAAAGCAAGGUCCAUAAAGACAUGGAUGAGUGAGUUUGGUGUGGAGGAACUUGACUGUCCUGCAGUCCUGACCUCAACCCCAUAAAACACCUUUGGGAUGAAUUAGAGUGGAGACUGUGAGCCAGACCUUCUCGUCCAACAUCAGUGCCCGACCUCACAAAUGUGCUUCUAGAGGAACGGUCAAAAAUUCCCAAAAACACACUCCUAAACCUUGUGGAAAGCCUUCCCAGAAGAGUUGAAGCUGUUAUAGCUGCAAAGGGCGGGACAACUCCAUAUUACAUUCAUGUGCAUGUAAAGGCAGGCGUCCCAAAACUUUUGGCAAUACAAGUGUAUUUCUAGCCAAGCUCCUGUCAGAUCAUUUUAAUUUUAAAUAUAGAAUAAAAAUCUAUAGAAGCAAUAGAAGAAGACUUGAAAUACUCAGACUAUAUUCAAGCUAUUCUUCACUUUAUUAUGCAGUGUAAGAAUAUUAGUAAUAAGAAAAAGAAAAUUCCAGCAUUGUGUGUGUGUUAAACCUUUUUAUCUGGACAGUGGAGCAGUUCUGGUGUAAUCUGGUGUAAUGUGGAGGAGAGUAAAGAAGCACAGGACCGUAGAUGAUGUGUGUAAUAACAGCGUGCAGGAGGUGACGUGACGUGAUAUGGGUCACGUUAGUGUAAAUCUCCUGUAUUCAGGGCUCGAGUACAGAGAACAUUUCCUUUGUCUUUAGGAGUAGAUUUUCUAAUAUUUUGGUGUGCCUGUAUAUUCCCCUGUCAUGAUCCAGAUGUUGUGGAUGUGUCGUGUGACAGUGGAGUAUCAUAUCAACCCUCAGUACAUGCUCACUUUAUCAGAGGUUGUUAUGACAUUUAUGAACAAGUUUAGGUUGUGUGUGUGUGUGUGUGUGUGUGUGUGUGUGUGUGUGUGUGGUGAAAAAAUGAAGUGACUAAAAGUUUUUGUUUCUAGCAGUGUAUUCGUGUGGUGAAACCAUGUCUACUACUAAAUCUCUGUACUCCUGACAUAAUGAGGUGUGUGUAUGUGUGUGUGUGUAUGUGUGUGUGUGUGUGUGUGAGUUGAUGACUGACAUGGUGGCAUUUAUAAAAAUGAUGAAAAUAAUUAGCCUAUAAACCCUUUAUAUCCCUCAGACACAUCUAGUUUGUACACUGUAAAUAGGCAGAGGUUUAGUCUGAUGAUUAAAACAAACUAUAAUAAUUUUUAAAGUUUUUUUUUUAAAGAAAGUAAUAAAAACAGCCAGUUAAAUGUCUAUUAUUUUUCUUUAUUCCUCAUAUAUUGAGUACAUGGCUGGCGGUUAUUGUACUGUAAACAAUGUUGAAAUAAAUAAAUAAAAAAAUAAAUAAAGAAUGAAA